AUGCCCCAAACGCUGAGUUCUACCAGUAUGUUUACCCCAUGUGGCUUCAGCCCUCAUCUACAUACUUCGAAAGAAGGUGAACAAGGAGGACUGAUCUUCCAGGAUGGAAACCUUACCUCAGCAUCUCUGGAUGCUCUAAUCCAGCAUCUGAUACCUACCACUGAUUACUACCCUGAAAAAGCCUAUAUCUUUACAUUCCUGCUGAGUUCCAGACUCUUCAUCGAACCCCAUGAGCUUUUGUCCCGAGUUUGUCACAAGUGCAUUGAGCAGCAGCGGCUGGACGACCCCGUGCUGGACAAGGCUCGAAUCAGAAAGUUUGGACCCAAAAUCUUACAGCUGCUGACGGAGUGGACAGAGACAUUCCCGUAUGACUUUCAGGAAGAGCGGAUGAUUGGCCAUCUGAAAGACAUGAUUCACAGGAUAGCCCCGUGUGAUGAGGCCUACUGGAAAAAGAUGAAUCAGCUUUUGCAAACCCUGAAUCAGAAGCUUGCCACCCUCAGCCAUGGGCAAGAAGGGAUUGUCAAGAUCAGUGCUGCUGUCUCUGACAAGCUGGUUGCCUUUAAAACUAAACCCCCAUCAAUUCAGAGAGAAAUCCUGAGUGUCUGCAGUGACCCCUACACUCUGGCUCAGCAGCUGACACAUGUGGAGCUGGAAAGGUUAAGUCACAUUGGACCCGAGGAGUUUGUGCAGGCAUUUGUACAUAAAGACCCUCUGGAUGGCACCAAGACUUGUUUCAGUGAACAGAAGAAGACGAGUAACCUUGAGGCCUAUGUGAAAUGGUUCAACAGGCUCUGCUAUCUCGUAGCAACAGAAAUUUGCAUGCCUGCAAAAAAGAAACAGCGAGCACAAGUCAUUGAAUUCUUCAUUGAUGUUGCCCGAGAGUGCUUUAACAUAGGGAAUUUUAAUUCGCUGAUGGCAAUCAUUUCUGGAAUGAACAUGAGCCCAGUUUCCAGGCUAAAGAAGACUUGGUCAAAAGUGAAAACAGCCAAAUUUUUCAUUCUCGAGCACCAGAUGGACCCCACUGGUAACUUCUACAACUACCGAACAGCGCUGCGGGGGGCUGCCCACAGGUCCCUGACAGCACACAGCAACAGGGAGAAGAUUGUGAUCCCCUUCUUCAGCCUAUUGAUCAAAGACAUUUAUUUUUUGAAUGAAGGAUGUGCUAAUCGCCUUCCAAAUGGACACGUCAACUUUGAAAAAUUUCUGGAACUGGCUAAGCAAGUAGGAGAAUUUAUAACAUGGAAGCAAGUGGAAUGUCCCUUUGAGCAAGACCCUAACAUCAUCCACUACUUGCAUACUGCUCCCAUUUUUACUGAAGAUGGUUUGUAUCUGGCUUCCUAUGAAAGUGAAAGUCCGGAAAACCAGACAGAAAAAGACAGGUGGAAAUCCUUAAGAUCCACUAUUUUAGGAAAGACUUGAAGAUUAAGAGAUUAUUGCAGUAGGUCAAGGAAAAGAAAUCCGCAAACAUUUUGCACUACUGAUUCCAAAGAUGCCUGUUUGGGAUUUAGACAAUUUCUUUUGUUUGAGUUUUUCGUUGGGUUUUUUUGACUGCCUAACACGAUGGAUGAACUGGAUUCAUCCACUGAAAUCAACGGGACUGUGUGCACAAUGAUGCUUUUCUAGCUAUGAGACACGGAGAGGAAGGACAAACAGACUAUUUGUGGCUGUGCCCAAACUGCGUCAGGAUCACUGUAAUUUUGCCUCUGAGGGAAAACGCAGGAAAACCAGGAGCACAGAGCAUCAUGGAACUGCAGCAGAGAAUGGAGGAGUGUAAAAAAGGAAAGCAAAAAUACACACGAGUAUUUCAGAAGCAGGUGCUUCAGGCAGCGGCUCUUUAAACCCUCUGAGGCUUGUAAAAUUAAAUCAAAAGACAGACACAGCAGCAAUCUGGUUAAUUGCUGAACGAAGAAAGAAGAACUUCACCUUGCAAUUGCAGUCCCCCAGCCUUGUUGAACAAAGCACUGACUGCUGCAGGGAUGAAGGCUGACAUCACUCCUAGGGAUACAUGUAUGUCACAAAUAGGCCACGUCAGCACGGGACAGUCCCGCAGACCCCACGGAGUUUUGCAGAGAACAAUCUCAAGUGUGACUGUUGCUCAGUUAUUCUUCCCAUGGCUGUUGUUGCUUUUCUUACUGUGAAUCUUGGCUGGUCUGAGGAGGGCACAGAGUGCAGAUGGUGCUGCUUAAAGACACCCCCCCACCACUUCUGAAGUUGAAUGAAGAAGAAAAUGACUCUGGACUCAACUUACCUCUAUUUAAUGUACAUAGUGUAUUCCCUAAAUUCACUGAUGCCGAGUUGCAUCUUUUAGAGGGUUUUAUCACACUCAAAAAAAAAAA